AUGAGCACACUUCUUUCUUACCUUGUUCUCAUAUUCUUCUAUAUGGUCGGAGCUGCGUCAUCCGACACUCUUACGGUGAACUGGUCCCUUGGCACCGACUACACUCCGCUUGCCACCGGAAAAACCUUUGCCGUUGGCGAUACCAUCGUGUUCAACUAUGGUGCGGGUCACACGGUGGACGAAGUGAGCGAGAAUGACUACAAGAGUUGCACGUUAGGGAACUCAAUAACAUCCGACAGUAGCGGGACCACGACCAUAGCUCUUAAGACCACUGGUCCUCGCUACUUCAUCUGUGGAAUCCCGGGCCAUUGCGCCGGCGGUAUGAAGCUUGCCAUCGCCGUCGCGUCAGGCUCUUCAACCAGUGUAGGCGGUGGCACCACCACACCAACUCCUUUCACCGGAGGAGGUGGUUACAUUCCCACGACCACACAGGCCAUUCCUUGUACGGCUUGGGCCGUAUCCGUUCCAUUAGCGGCUUUGGUUGGGUCUUGGGCCGUUGUAUUUUCUGCUUUGUAUUGUCUUAAUUGA